AUGGGUGUACCAAAUAGUAAAGAAAUGGUUGCCAGACGACGCAUUGACACAGCGACGAGCAAUUCUAGUCUAUCGAACCUGCGCUACGUAAUACAGAGUAACAAAUCUAAGUGGAAGAUGUUUCGGAAGAGGGAAAUGGCGCCUAUACCAGCAUAUACAGCAGCAUCUCUGAAGCCGAAAAAGGGGUGCCCAUGUGGCAGCGAAGGUCCAUGCAAGCAAAAAGUUACACCCAAAGGAGUUACAAUACAUUAUCCACAAAAGAAGAAAAAGUUAUUUGGACCAAGUAAAGCCUAUAUACCACCAAAACUGGAAAAAAGCUACUAUGGCGGUAACAAUAGCAAAUCAUUUCACCCAAAAAGUGCGAGACGUGGAAUCGCGAAGAAAAUAUGUAAAAAUAAGUCCUUUCCAAUGCCCUUCUUCUUUAACUAA